GCGCCCCUAAUGUCAGCAUGAUUUGCGACUACUUUAUCGACUGUAAGCAAUUAGGGACAAUAAAGAUGUAAGAAUCUUUUUCAUGUUACCACCAAAUACUCCAAUCGAGAUUACGAGUGGGCUUUAAAAAUGGUAGACCCUAACGACUAAUUUCUUCUGUAAGUGUAACGUGAUGGCGAAAUCGAAUGACACUGUAAAAACAUCCGUAACGAAGUCUGAGAAAUUGAAGGAGAAAAUUAAUGCUACAGUAUUUUUAAGCACUGUUGCAAGUAUUUCUGCUCUCAUUGGAUUUGCCACGGCAGUGGCGACAGCCAGAAAGCAAGAUCCAAAACAUUUUGGAGAUGGAAUUUCUGGUAUAAAAGGAAUUCCUGAAACUGGAGCCUCAUUAGCUAUAAGAGCCCUUGGCUGGGGUACAUUAUAUGCUGUCACAGGAUGUGGCUUAUUUUUUUAUGGAAUCUGGAAACUCUCUGGAGCUACUAAUGCAGAGGAAUUUAGAUUCAAGAUGGGCUCUCUACUACCAAAAAUACCUAAGAAUGACCCACCUCAAAGCAGAACAGAGUUUGAGGGUUUGACAGAUCUAUUGACAUAUAUUUCUGAAGAUUGGGGACAAAAUAAGGAGCAUGAAUAGAUCCUGGAUGUAUGGCUACGUCGACCAGCGGCGUGAGAAAAAAAUAGUGAAAGAAGAAUGGA